UCUCUUCUCUCAUCCUUCAUCAUUCAUGACUUCAAUUUUCUUGUACGACCAUGUUUGAGUUUGUUAGGUUUCAUGGCGGCGGAGAGCUUCGUUGGUAUAUCUAUAUCUAUCAAUAGAUCAGGUUUUUCCCUGCUGUCUUUGAGUUUCUUUGCUGGUUUCUCUCCAAUUCUUUUACAUUCUAAUAUAAAAUUUCCAAGUUUCAUUUUCUCUUUAAGAUUUGCCUAACAACUUGUUAUAUUUUAUUAUUAUCAAUCGCCUUGAUCUACUAACAUGAGUCAUUAAUCAAUUGGAUUAUCUCCAUUUCUCUAAACAAAGUAACAAACCCACGUAUCACCUUAAAUAUUCUCACUAAACAAACACACUUAACAAGCUCGCUGGGAUUGAAAUGGAAGCGGAGAGAAUGGACGGUGAUGAGAUCCAGAACUUCAUCAAGAUAUGGAUCAAAGCUAUCUCAUGCCUCUGCUAUUGUUACUACGUAUCUUCAAGAAUACCGAAAGAUCUCUUCAGGCUUCUCUCUCUCUUGCCGAUCCUCUUCGUCUUCCUCCUUCUUCCCUUAACCCUCCGCUCUGUACACCUCAGUGGGCCCACCACCUUCUUCCUCAUUUGGCUCUGCCCUUUCAAACUCUUGCUUUUCUCCUUUACUCAAGGCCCUCUCUCGCCUCUCCCUCCAAACAUCGUUCAUUUCAUCCUCAUCGCCUCUCUUCCCGUCAAGAUUCAAUCUCAGACUCAGAUCCUUACUAACAACCCAGAAAACCGAAUCUCAAAAUCGAUUCUCUUUGUAAAAGUGCUUCUCUUGGCUGCGAUCGUCCGCGCUUACAUCUACAGAGAUAACCUCCACCUGCACUUCAUCUUAUUCCUCUACUUCUGCCACGUGUACCUUGGCCUGGAGCUAUUAUUAGGUCUCUUUGCCGCUCCAGCUCGAGCCAUGUUCGGUUUCCAGAUCGAGCCGCAGUUCAACGAGCCAUAUCUCAGCACGUCGCUUCAGGAUUUCUAGGGUCGUAGGUGGAACCUCAUGGUAACCAGUAUUCUACGGCCCACCAUAUACAGUCCAUUACGACAUUCAUGUUCGCACAUUUUGGGCCAAUAUUACAGCCCAAUGCCAGCUAUGCUGGCCACGUUCAUUGUUUCGGGUUUGAUGCAUAAGUUGAUCUAUUAUUACCUUACACGGGUGCCUCCCACGUGGGAGGUCACGUGGUUCUUUGUGUUGCACGGUGUGUGCACGGCCGUCGAGGGGGAGGUGAAGAAGGUGGCGGGUCGCCGUGGAUGGAGGCUGCACCGGGCAGUGUCGGGGCCGGCGAUGGUGGUGUUUUUGAUGGCGACAAGCGAGUGGUUGUUUCUUCCUCAAUUAAAGAGAAAUGGUGUGGAUAGGAAAGCCAAUAAGGAGUAUUCAAUAAUGGUAGAUUUUUUAAAGUCGAAAUUACAACAACACUGGUGUUGAGUUUUGAAACUGCUGUGGCUUUAGAUGUGAGACUUUGUGUGAGUGGGAUUAUAUUUUUUUAUACUAACUACUAUUAUUGAUUA